AUGGAGCUCUUCACGCGCCUCCGGGACUCCUUCUCCUCGGCGAUGUCGGGAGCGAGCUCGGGCACGGAGGACGCCGGCGACGGCGCCUACAACGCGGACCGGGACGAGCACCCGCAGCGCGCGCGCGGCGAGGCGGGGUCGCGCCCCGAGGACGGCGCGCGCAAGAAGGGCAAGAAGGCGACGCCCCCUUCUUCUCCGGUGCGCCGCAUGAGCCUCGACCACGCGUCGGACUCCGACGAGAUGCACGACGCCGUCGACACGGAGGCGCGGAUGCGCGUCGCGUGCCAGGCGUGCACCUUCCUGAACGAGCCCGGCGCGGACAUCUGCGAGGUCUGCAACGAGCCGCUGAAGGAGGGCACGCCGCAGGGCACGCCGCAGGACAUCAUGCCGACGCAGCCGCCCCCCGAGGACUGGUCCAAUUCCCCCACGCGCGCGCGCGACGACGACGACGACGACGACGACGACGCCGCCGCCGCCGCCGCCGCCGCCGCCGCCGCCGCCGCCGUCGUCGCCAUCGGUGCGACGCUGCUGUUGACUCAGGCUGCAUAA